GCGGGACUCUGCAGCAGCAUGCAGGCAAGCUGGUGUACGUGACUUUUGUUGUCCAGGCUGUGGAGCAGGAAUCCAGGUGGAAUUCAGUGGCAGUGGAGCGCCACAAGUGUCCUUGGUAGUGCUUUUGGAGUGCCUGGUCCCCAUGCUCAUGCUACAACAAGGUUGAUUUGAUUGGCAUUGCAUCGACAUCCAAAAAGCUCACCAUCAAGACAACGAUGGAAGCGGUGGCGCACAUCGGUGAUUUGAAGUUUGGCACGCAAUGCCGCUCGGUACAUAUAUCAAAUCAAAUUGCAAACCUGCAAUCUCACAGGAUUCGAGCACCAAUUCUUGUCCGAGAUUUUCAAAGCGCUUUACAGUCUUUGAUUGCUCCGCGCUUCGCACCACUCAUUAACGAACAAUUGAAAGGCGUCCCAAGCAGGAGAAAGGGACAGACAUUGCUUUGUGAAGCCCUCUGGGGCAGAAACCGGCAACGGCGCCAAGACCCUCGCAUCCGGAUACCCCCUCAGCCUGACCCCCGUCAAGCCCCCCCACCCCCAAACACAGACGCACAACAGGAUUCUCCCUAUUCUACCCCCCCUCCAAAUAGGCCACGCCAAAAUCCUGAAAAUUGGGGGCCACCACCGAAUGCUCCCCCCCCACCGGAUCAGCCAUUUGAAGAAGACGGGUACUCAAGCGGGAGAGACUGGAGGGCCAGGCGGGGCCCGCAGCGGGAGGUGACGCGAGAGGAGCUGCUGGAGCAGUCUAGAAGAAUCAGGGCGAGGAUUAGGCAGAUUAAGCGGCAGAGGCGCGCCGCAUACUAUGGCGAGGUGGGAGAGGGGUUUUCGUUCAUCACGAGCGGUCUAAAUCCCGAGAUGAUCAACGGCCGCUGUGCAAUGGUGGGCUUUGUGGCGGCCCUGUUCAACGAGCUAACUACCGGGCGAAGCGUGUGGGAGCAGCUCACCUACCAGGGAGGUCUUCAAGUUAUGCUCAUACCGCUGACCAUCGUGGUCAUCAUGCUGAGCUCGUAUGCACCAGGAGCAAACGAGAUGGAGGACGACGGGCUCACACGGCCUAGCAAGCCGUUCGGUCCCUUCAAUUCUUUUGCGGAACGAGUAAACGGUCGCUUCGCUAUGCUAGGGUUUGUUUCUCUCAUUAUCAUCGAGGCACUUACCGGAGAGGCGCUCUUCAAAAUUGGAUGGUUGCAAUGAGCAUUCAGGCCUUUCCUGCACAAAUGAAAGCUUUUUGUCCGUCAAUCCCCGCCAGCUUUGGCGACGAGCAGUCGUGACAAUCAGUAGCAGAUUGUGAUAUUGAGCAAUAGUUCCGCAUGAGUGUAAAAUAUUUUGCUCCUCGUUCUAGUCAAAAUUCCGCAAUUGAGAUUAGCAGCAUCUGUUCCAGGUUUUUGCUUUUCAACAACUUUUCAGACCCCUCCAUUUAGGCGGAAUUGCAUCUACCACUUCCUGAUUGCUUGUCCUGAAGUGUUGCAUGAUGAGCAGAU